AUGAAAUUGCCCAGCAGUAUUGAAUUGCAACUCAAAGGAACAAGUCGUCGAAACAUGCAGACACAGAAUCAGAAUCAUCAGGCGGAAACUGUUCAUCCAUUCAAAACGCAAUCCAACAAUCAAUCAAUGGAUGGGGAUGAUUGCUUCCGCAAGGGAACCUACAUCGAGCUAUCAACAGGUGUGAUGCGCCGUGUCGAGGACAUUCGCACCGAGGACUUCAUUCAGUCGGCGAUGCGCAGUCAACACUUCGAUCUGCGCGAGGCGACGGUGGUUAAGAUCGACAGAUCAUCGCCACAUAUAAUCAACAUUACCUUCAGCUAUGAUACACAGCACUUAAAGGUUAAUAUGGAAGUGCUGCCGUCUCAUCCGCUGUUUGUUUAUGGUCAAGGAUGGGCCUCCUGCAAUCCGCAGUUGUCGUUUGAGCUUUACGAGUUAAAGUGCCAGCAACUGCAAGUUGGAGACAUUUGUCUGUCGCUGGUGCCGCACGAGCAACCGCCUCCUGCUCCGGAAUACCACACGGCACCGCUGAGCAGGAACUAUGCAUUUGAGGCAAGUUGCCAAGCUGCUGCGCUGCAGCCGAGGCAUCCAUAUCAAGUGUAUGCCGAAAUGGCGAACAUUGUGGCAGCCUAUACUCAGCACUUGAUUGGCAAAAUGAGAAACUGACAAACUGAAGAAAUGUAGCAUUUUAUAUGUAUUAAAAAUAAAUAUGU